AUGACUUCUAGUUUUGUUCCAGAUGUAUGGGGAUGGAUCAGCAACCUUCCCCCAGUCACCCAAUGGAACACAAAUUUCAUGUCUCUUUGCAUCUGCAAGACAACAUCAACACAUCCCUCCAUGAAUCUCUCAGUCACCAAAAGCUCCCAGAGCCAAAAGACAUAUGUCUCCUUCUCCAUCUUUGCAUAUUUUAAUAUGCCAAUCUCCCUCUGGACAUCCAGUUCUAUUCACCUGAAAUCCAAAACUCAGCCUUCUUUAAAAGAAGAAGAUGUUCUCCAUCUCUUCUUUGAUAUCAUCAAUGGUGUUCUUAUGUAUGGCCCCAAUAUGAAAUCCUCUUUCAGAUUCCCUGCAGUACAAAUUAUAGAUGAAUUCAGAGAUGUGUUCAAUCUUGCAUUCCUCACUCUUGCUUUCCUUAUCUGCAUCUAUGAAGCCCCUAACAACCUUCGCCAAGGAUGCCUGGACACUUUGAGGAUCCAAUUAGCAAGCUCAAGGUCCAGAGAAGCAUCAAAGCUUCUUAUGCGAAUCCUUGGAUCCAAUCUUGAAGAGCAAUGGAUGAGAUCGUUAAACCUUGCUGUAACAAACUGGAUUCUAGAGUUUCAAGCUUCCAAUCACUCAUUUAAAACACCUUCACCCCUGUUUUCAUAUGCCUUCUCUGCAAGCGGGCUAUGGAAAGUACAAUUAUAUUGCCCGAUCAUAGCCAUGAGCAUCGAAGAUCCUGACACAGCAACUCAUGAUGAACGUCUGCUCUUUUCUCUGAAGUACCAACAACUUGAAGGGGUCAUCCAACUUGCUUACAAGGUCAUCUUCCAGGAGAACUGGAUUGAUGUGGUGGUGGCUGUGGACAACAUAAGAUGCGACGUGAACCCACUGGCAUCUGAAACUCUAAUGGCUGAACGAGGCUAUGGAUCUGACGAAAAACACUUUCCAUCUCGUAUAGCAUUGCAACUCACUCCAAUGCUGCAGUCUGAUGUGUUGUCUGUUUCACUAAGCAAAUCUUCUGAAAAUCCAACACAUGAAGUUGGCAAAGAGAAGACCUUUGAAGGCUCACUUGAUCCCUCAAAUCAUAAUUUGGGUCUCAAUGUCUCAGCCACAGAAACCGUAACUAUAAGCAUGAAACCAUGGAAAUUUGAGCAAUCAGCACAUGGAAAUUGUGCGAUUUUGAAUUGGUUUCUUCACGAUGUGGUGAAAGGAAGAGAGGUAUUCUCUUCCAAGCCUUCAAAGUUGGCAUUACUUCAACCAAGAGCAUGGUUCAGAGACCGCUACUCAAGUGCCCACAGGCCUUUUACAAAACAAGGAGGGGUGAUCUUUGCAAGUGAUGUUUAUGGAGAGAGCGUACGGUGGAAGAUGUGUAGAAGGGCUCUAGGGAAGAAAAUGGAGUGGGAAAUCAAAGGCUGGAUUUGGUUGACCUACUGGCCCAACAGACAGAAAACCUCUUAUUGUGAAACAAGAAGGUUAGAGUUUCGAGAAUUACUCUACCUUCACCUUCCGAAAGUAGCAUAACAUCAGGAUCCAUGCCACUCACAAAAGGUAAGAUUGUAUUGAUGUCAUGUAAAUUUGUGCUUAGGAAAUGAACGGUAUGGUUGUAAUAUGUGAACUAUGAAAUUAUACAACUCUUUUCUUGUUAAA